AUGGAUGAUUUGUGGAAUGACACGUGGGAUUCUCUGAUUCAAGAGGUGCAGAAGGAAGCCGACAACGAGGGUGUGGAGGCGGCGGUGGCGCUCCCUCGUGCGAUUCACCAUCGUCGUACAAUCACACGAGACCAUUCCGGAGCGCAUCAACGGCUGAUGGCAGACUACUUUGGCGAUAACCCCCGUUACUCAUCAGAGAUUUUCCGUCGGCGUUUCAGAAUGUCGCGACCGCUCUUCACCCAUAUAGCGACGACAUUGGCGGCGCGGUACAGGUGCUUCACCCUCCGGAGUGAUUGCACUGGCCGGAUUGGGCUGUCUACUUUUCAGAAAUGCACCGCUGCAAUUAGGCAGCUUGACUAUGACGGACCGGCUGAUAUGUUCGACGAAUACCUACAGAUGGGUGAGACGACUAGCCUAGAAGUGCUCCGACAGUUCUGUAAGGGCAUCCAAAAUGUCUUUGGUCCGGAGUUACUACGAAAGCCAACAUCUGAUGAGUGCCAAAGACUACUAGAUAUGCACGGAGCGGUGCACAGUUCCCAGGGAUGA